UUGGCAAUGAAUAGACCUUACAAAAACAUUCGCAUUCAUGAAUAAAUAAUUUUGCAGAGAUAUGCCACGACAAUGGAUAAUUAUAUGUGCACAACUUGCCGUACUCAAUUCUUUUCUUCUUGCCUACGUCUGCGCAGCGGCAAACCAUUACGGAACGAUAUCAGUGGUAGGACCAGCUUUUGUAAACAGGGAGGUAACACUGAAAGCGACACCGUUCCACCCUUGGGGAUGUCACGUAGAAUGGAAGUACAUAAAAGACGGGGACACAAUAUUCCAAACAAUGAAUGGGACAAAUGUUAAAAUAUAUUCUGAAGAUAGGUCAUUCUUUUUAAAAUGGACGCCUUCAAUUGAAUACAACGGAUCUAAUUUCUACGCUGGAUGUUCAUCAAACAAUACAAUUAAAACAAGCAUGACAUCUUUGACUAUGAAAAAAAUUGUUGGGCAAUGUGGAGCUCUCGUGCUUCUGAGUCCGGUUGUUCGCGGAGCGUCUGUCAAACUUGGAUAUUUUCCGUCUGAUUAUUUUAUACGGCGCCAAACUAACACUACACGAACAUGGAAGAAAAACACCCAGGUCAUUGAGCUACAAGGAGGCUCUUACGAAGAGAAAAUCGUCUCUGAAUUGUUGUACAUAUUGAGUAUAAUUAACUUCGAAGAAAGAAAUGAAGGAACGUAUACUUUGAAUUGCUAUCCAACAAGCAAAACGGAUUCUGUGCAGCUUCAUAUUCCAGAGAGACCGGGUUACCCAGUUCUUGGUCCCAAAUUCUCUGACUUUAAUACAACAAAAUGCAUUUAUGUUUACGGAGGCUCCGACGUUGAUUGCAAAACUGAAAAUGGAACAAAACCCGUUCAAGUGUUACUUUUAAUAGGACAGGAUUCAUUUGUUCUUUCUGAAAGCGAAGGGAAUAAAGGGUCGUACCGAUACCGAAACGUUUGUCAAGAAAUGGCCGGAAUGUCUAGACGAGAUGUGACAUGUCAGGUUUCUAAUGCAGCCCUUGAAACACCUUACGAAGUGCACGGCGUUCUAUGUAGCGUAGAGACGGGUAGCCUGCCUGUUCUAACAGUUCCUGAAUUCCUUCAUGGAGAAAACUCUUCAUCUAUCUGUGAAGUGCGAAAUGCUUUCCCAGCUCCGACAAUAGAUAUAUACGUUGACAAAAUCUUACUAGGUGAUGUUCAACAAACUAAUACAUUUCAUGAAUCAUCUCUUACUUUUAUAAGUUCAGCAAUGGUGACUAAGGCUAACAAAAAAUGGAAUGGAAAAGAGAUGUGCUGCACCAGGAAAAGCAAAUAUGAUUUUGGUCUAGAACAUGUCUCAGUAUGCAAAAUUAUCAGUAUGAAAUCUCCGCCGUCGGACCUUUUGAUUAACAUAGCCAAAAAUAUUGACAAUAACAACAAUGUUUAUGUCUGUUCUUUUAACUUGUCUUUUGAAACGGAUAAAUCAAAUCGCCCUUGCAAAAUAGAAUGGUUAAGCGACGACGAUACUUUGAGGAACGUUGAUAGGUACAAUUUGACUAUUGGAGGGAAUAGUUAUCGUUUUAAUUCCUAUGAGAUGUACAAUGUCGCUAAAGAAAUGGCUGGAGGAAAUAUUACAUGUUCAACAAGAUGUAAUAACAGAACAUCUCAUUCAUAUAAAGACGAUGAAGUACCGUCUGAAGAUUUACCUUCGAAAACAGAAAUGGUCGUAAAAUGUACUGUGGAUGGCUGCAAUGCUAAAGGACAGUGGACGCUUCGGUUGGAGAGUGGAAAUAUCACUGAAAUAAAGACGUGUAACAUAGCAGAGAAAUGUCAGUUAACACUGAAGAACACGGGGGAUAGAGAAAAAACAGACAUUUGCAAAUCACAGGAUCUUCUGACGAUUUCAUUAGCCGUAUCAUGUUCAAAGACGGCGGAUGGUAGUCAAUCCAAGGGAAGUGGCAUUCAGACGUUUUCGUUAACAUUCCCAUUUUCUGUCAACAGUGUACUUAUUGGAACAGGCGUGAUCUGUGGACUCUGCAUCCUGUUUGUAAUUGGAAGAUGUGUAUAUCUUAAACGGCAAAAGAUUAGCGCAGUCAACAACACCGAAAAUGUUGAAAAUCACAGCGUCCCCUCGUCGGACAAUGGCGUGCUACACAUAACAACAGAAGGAGUCCAGUACGCAGUCGUGCAGAGACAGGCGGCCACACGGAGGACUGAAACGCAGCAACCACAUGAUGACGACAGCCUAACGUACGCCGAGUUGGACAUCAAUUUCCUACAAGAGGCUAACGCAAGAGUUUCGUUAAGGAGAUAUAAUAUGCCGACGGUGUAUGCUGACAUUGAGUUCUCCUCAACACAGGAACCUGAAAUAGAAGAUUGUGCGUGCCAAAAUGCAUCAGACGAGUGUAAAACUAGAUCAAAAACCAAACUAUGUGUUCCUGAGUGUAUUCAGUGACUUGAAGCUU